AUGGCAAUUCUCGCAUGGGAAAAUGACGCCCAAAUAUGCACAGUUUUGGUAUCGAUCGUCGCGCUACUAUCGAUUUUCACGUUCUUUUUGACGAGAUGGGUCUAUAGGAUUGCGAAGGAGCGAUACUUUAUCGACUUUGAACAAGAGGCAAUACUCGAUCACGAUGACCACGACGGGGCGACUAUCCUGGCGUCGACGACG